CCCGCGGCGCGGCGCGGGGCGCGGGGCCGGGCGGGCGCGGCCGGGGCGCCGCGGGGCUCGGAGGUGCUGCUGAGCGCGGCCGGCGGCGGUAUUGCUGAAAUCCUAAUGAACCGACCCCACGCGAGAAAUUCACUGGGAACAGUAUUUGUAAAUGAACUGUUCAGUGUUCUGGAACAGCUCCGCUUCGAUGAGCAGGUGCGUGUGGUGGUGUUCAAGAGCCAGGUGAAAGGAGUGUUCUGUGCAGGAGCAGAUUUAAAGGAACGUGCAAAGAUGGAUGAUGCAGAAGUUGGACAGUUCGUUAAAAGACUGAGAAAUCUUAUGGAUGAAAUAGCCGCCCUGCCCGUGCCCACGAUCGCCGCAAUCGAUGGCUACGCCUUGGGCGGUGGAUUGGAGCUGGCCCUGGCCUGUGACCUGCGAGUAGCAGCUUCAUCAGCUAAAAUGGGCCUUAUUGAGACCACACGAGGACUUCUGCCUGGAGCAGGUGGAACCCAGCGCCUGCCCAGAUGUGUUGGAAUAGGUCUUGCAAAGGAACUCAUUUUCACUGGCAGACAGAUUGAUGGAGAACAGGCGGCCUCCAUGGGGCUGGUCAAUCACUCAGUGCCACAGAACAGCGAGGGAGAUGCAGCUUACCAGAGAGCUUUAACUCUGGCUAAAGAAAUCCUGCCCCAGGCACCGUUUGCUGUGAAAAUGGGAAAACUGGCAAUAAACAAAGGAAUGGAGGUUGACAUUGCAUCAGGGAUGGCUAUUGAAGGGAUGUGUUAUGCCCAGAAUAUUCCCACCAGAGACCGUCAGGAAGGGAUGGCUGCCUUCAGGGAGAAGCGACCACCUCGGUUCACCGGCAAAUAACGCUUUCUGCUUCCCCUUGAGCUUUUGGAGAUAAAGCAGGACUGAGGAGGAUCCACUCAUUUCUUAGGAUUAUUUUUAUGACACCAUUCUGUGCACUUAACUCCUAGCCUAGGACUGCACUUCUGACUUACUGCACUGGAUCAUUUUUCUGUAUGAAUCUCCAAAUAAAGAUUUAACUUUAUACACCUGA